GAAGGAGCUCAGAGAAUGAAAACUGAGUUUGAUAAACUGGAUCCUGAGAACAGUGGAAAGGUGAGGGGUGCAGACUUUCUGCAGGUGUUGAGGAAGUUUGAGCUGCAUCUGAAGAGAGAGCACCUGGGUCUGUUUUUGUCUCGGUGUGGUCUGAAGCUAAAAAAGGGUUGUGUACAGUACUUGAACUUUCUGCGCACCUUCCAGGACAGAAGUUCAGAUGGCAUUACUCACAAGAUCAUCUCCAACCCAAAACACAGGUUUCAUUCUGAUGAGAACCUCAGUUGUGUUUCCUCUCUAAGUGCCAUAGAGGCCAAAUUAACUCGCCUGUUUCAGUCAGAGUACCUCUCACUCCUCCAGAGCUUUCAGAACAUUGACAAGCUUAAUAAAGGGGCCAUUAGUAAAGAAGAAUUCCGAGCUGCUAUGGAGAGCAGGUUUGGCCUAGAGAUUUCCGAUCCUCAGUUUGAGCAGCUGUUGGACAGGCUCCCUCUUGACCGCCACGGAAAUGUGCAGUACCCGAUCUUCAUGGCAGCCUUUGACACCAGUGCGACUAACUCUGCUCUAGCCUGUGACCUCUCAAGCCAGCAGUCCGCCCACCUCGUUCGGACUGUGGCCCUAAGAUGGCCCAGACCGCUGCCCUAAAGCCUAGGGAGUGGUUGUCCUCUCUUGUGCACAAAAGAACCACAGCUAUCCGCUCAGCCAAGUCCGGCCCCCAUCAACCCAUCCAAGCGCACAGGGAACACAUUAGCCUAGGCUGGGCUUUGUGCAUCUGGCUUUUCUC